AUGCGAGCCGAAUCAAAUUUGAAAAAUUUAAAUCUUAAUCUACAUAAUUAUCAGAAUACAAUAACGAAAUUGGGUCAAGAAAACGAUUCGCUUAAACAACAAGUUCGAUUGCUUGGCACGACGACGGAAACGGAAUCAUUACCGGAUGCCAUAUUAGAUCGUUUAAAAUCUCUCGAAACGGAAAAUGCGUAUCUGUCGCAAGAUUCGGAUUUUCAAAGGAAACAAUAUGAAAAAUGUUUGGACGACAUUGCCAAUCAAGUUGUGAGGGCGCUUUUGUCGCAAAAAAAUCUAAGGGAAGAAAUAACGAAUUUACAAAGGAGAAUAAAAGAAUUGGAAAAUCAAAAUCACGCUUUGGCAAAUAUUUUAGUUAAUAAAUUAGAUGAUAAAAAUCCCGUUUUCGCUUUGCCCCCUUCUACCGAUGGCGGUCAAUGUCAUGGCGAUGAUGAUGAUAAUAAUGUGUUGUCGUCGCCGUCGUCGUCGUCCUGGUUUCCGGGUACGUUUUCAUCGGAAAAACGUACUGUUAGCCCGUUUCCGGAUUGCGGUGAAAAUUCCUCGUUUUCGUCUCCUUUUCUUCUUCAUUCUUCCACGAGUAAUUCGGAUGAAAGGAAACGUUUCCGUUUUAGCGAUUUCGGUGAUAUGAGAAGUAAAAAUAUAUUGAAAAGCCUUAAUUCGAUUGAAUCUUUAGUUGUUGUUCCUCUUCAAAGGCCCCGUUCUUUAAAUCUUCAUUUUCAAAAUGGUUCGAAAGGUUUGUCGGGACUCAAUUCGACCGUCACGAAUAAAAGAUGCCAACAUAAGAAAAAUAAAUUCAAUUCGGUUGCUUUGAUAAAAAAUACGGGAGAAGAUGAAGGACACGAAAGUCCAGAAAGCGGAAAUAGAGACGAAGGAUAUUCUACAAUGUCAAGUGAUAUACAGGGACCAGGAGAAACAAGUGACUUAUCGAAAAGAGAAUUGGAAGAUUUGAAAGAAGCUUCCGAUGAAACGGAUGUCAUUUUAGAUACGAAUCGCGAAGUGACAUCCAUUGUUGUCGUAGAAGAUGCCGCUUCCGAUCCAGAUAUGUAUUUCAUUCCCCUCAAUCUUUCUGUGUCCAUCAAUCCAAGGCACAGUUAUCCUCCUCAUAAAGACUUUCUUCCGUUUCAACACGCCAUGAGAAGUUUUUCGGAUUCUCAUCUUUUUUUAAAAUUUACCGCCACGACUUCAAUACCUUCUCCGUUGUCGCCUUCCAUGUUUUUAGUCGAUAUCGUCGAUAAGAAUCAUCCGUUGAGAAGAACAAAAGGCACGUCAAGUUUGCUGAUAAGCAACAGAGAAGAUUUCGAAGAUACUUGCAGCAAUGCCGGAAGUUGGUGUAGCGGAGUCGUUGAGGGUUGCUGGUGGGACGCCGAAUACGUUCAACAUUGGCUUAGGUUAGAUGACAAUCGAUUAAAAGAACAACACCAAGAAGAAGAAGAAAAAGAAAUUUUACAAUUGGAAUACGAUCAAACCGAAAUCGAAGAAUGGAGCAUGUCUUUAUCCUGUGAAGAUGUCGCCAAAACGUCAGAUGUCGAUACGACAAAAUCUCGGAAAAAUUUAAACGAUAUUCCUGAAAAUGAUUUAUUAGUUCGAGCCGAUGACGACGCGACAGAAUGGAACCAUUGCGACUCUAAUAAUCUCAUAAUUAACACGAAAAGAGAAGAAUCCAACUGGUCGUACGAUACGAAUAACAUGGAUGAAAACUUGGCGUGGCAAGAAACAUCUCCGGGUGGUAGUUGGUCAAGCGUUAACACCAACAAUUCCGAAGAAUGUUGUCAAUCUUUAAACGACGCUUAUUUCAAUGGUAGUGAAAAAGAAGAAGAAGAAGAUGGAGUUGAUUCGAAACGUUCUUCGAUUAUCAGCGAGGAUGCUGCUGAAGAGUCUUCCGCCGUAGGCACAGAUUUUACAAGAGAUUUUUAUAGACUGGUCAAAUUCGAAAGUACAAAAAGUUUAGCAUCUAAUUCAUCAAAAAGCAAUACAAACUGCCAAACAAAUACAAACGAUAAAAAACGAACAGGGUAUAUACAAGAAAGAGAAAUGGCUUUGCAAAGCGUUCUUAGUUUUAUUGCCGAACAACAAAGGUACUGCCAUAAAAGAGAAGUCGAAGAUGAUGAUGACGUCGACGUCGACGUCGACGAUCCACGACUAUCCAUUGUAAAAUCACCGUCGGACGAAACUAUAAAAAAAACGAUGGAAUGCCAUAGUUCUUCUUCCACGACGAAUCAAGACUGUUUACGUGACGUAAGUGAUGAUGAAAAGGUUAUCGAAAUUAACAUACAAGAAUUAAAAUCUCAAAAAAUAUAUUCAACGGAUGAUUAUUCGGGUAUUGAUGGAUUAAACGUGGGACAAUCAUGUGAAAAUCAUGUUUCAUGUUCGAACGUGGAACGUGAUAGUAAUUUACUAGUUAAUAAUAGUGAAUCGGAAUAUAAAAAAUCAAUAGAAAAUAAAAGGACUAGUUUCGGUUUACAAAAGCAAAGGCACAGAUCUUUGGAAAAACAAGAAACGACGACAAAAGUUCCUGUGAGAAAUACGAGAUCGGCAAGUCUCACGUCGAACACUUCGAAAAAUGAUAAAAUUCCAAGACUGGAAAAUUUGAUAAAUAAAAGUUUAGUGAUAAAAAAAUCUCGUCAAUCUUUUCACGAUAACGUCCAGAACGUGGAAUCUCAUAAAACUCCCUCAUCGAUCGAUAUCAAAAAUCAAUCACCUCAAAAAAUUUCAUCACAAAAAAAUUCAAUGAAAUCACGGAUCCCUUCGCAAAUCCCCUCACCUGGUGGUAAACAACGUGAAACGGGAAUUCCAAUUUUAAUAAAACCCGACAGGAAUUUGGGAAAUGUAAAAAAAACGUCAACAAAACCAACUAUAACAAAUUCUAAAAUGAAAGGAACUAAAAUUCCGAUAAUAUUAUCGAAAAAACAACAAACGGAAUGUAAAACAAUAACGAAACAACCACGACGACAACAACAGCAACAGCAACAGCAGGAAAUUCAUACGAAGGAAAAAGAUAAUCGAAGUAAAAAUCACGAGUCGAACAUACCAGUGUUAAACGAAAGACGAUCCGAUUUAAUAAAAACAACAAGGAAAUCUUUGGAAACGUCAAACGAACCGGAAAUCGGAAAACCUGUUAUCAUUCGUGGCACGUGUUGUUUCAACGAUAAAGCCACGUCGAAAGACGUUAUCGAAGAAUUAAAUAAAAUGAUAAGAAAAAGCGAUGAAAUAACACCGAACAACAACAAGAGUCAGGGAGAUAUAAAACCUCUUGAUGUGUCUUGCUGUUGUCCCACCGGUUGGGUCCACGUCGAAAGAGGAGAUAUUGAUUUUGCUGAUCCAAAGGCAAGAGCUAAUUUAUUAGAUGUUAUGUUGGCAUCGAGUGGUAGUUCAGAAGUUAGUGAAACUAGUAGCAGGAGUAGUAGCACAUCCGAUACCGGAAGUAAUAGCGAUAGCGUCGAAGAAGAAGAGGAAGAGGAACCCGUAGAUUAUACUCAUUUACACAGAUUACACAGGAUUAGACGACAGAGAAAAGCAGCAUCUGCAACGAGAAAACAAUCGGGAGUUCUUCGUUAUUCUUUGUCUUCUUCCGUUCGUCCCUCGAUCAUUGGACGUGAGAAUUUUUUCGUCCGUUACGGAGAUAAAGAAAAAGAAGCAGUUGCAAGUUUUGAUUUUUUGGAAGAUUUGUCAACGACUUCCGUGAGCGAACGAUCGUCCUCAGAUAGUUUAGGUUCGGAUCAAAGCAUUUACUUGAAAUCGGAUAACAGUAAUCCGACGGAUGUAGAUUUUCAUUCAUCGGAAAUAGAAUUAAUAGAAACACCAUUGACACCAACGUCACUGAUAACACCAAGCGAUGAUAGCGAAGAAAGAAGUGGAGAAUUGGUAUCACUCAGCGAUUCUUGCGCCGACAGCUUUUCCGAAUCCGUGGGAAGUUUUGAUGAAACGACCAACAACGCUCAAAUACUGGAGGAAAAAAAAACAAUAAAUUAA